AUGGCAUCAACCGCCAAAGUGGACUCUUCACCCACUGGUGACUACGACCAGGCGAAGAGGCCCCUGGCGCCUGGAGCCGCAGGGCCCCGCCAGGCAGCACGAACGAUGCCAGCACCGAACGAGUCCUUGAACUCGAACCGGCUGGUUCACAUCGUGCAGUGA